AUGCCGGCCCCAGACGUCGACGACAAACUACUCCUCGCGGGAUUGGAAACGACAUGGGACUCAGCAGACAGAUUGGCUGUGCCACAUCUACACAUACCCAAGACAAGAGCCGAUGAAUAUGGCCCACCCAGCCCAUGCUAUUCAUACACAUCUAGCGCGAGUUCUGCGACACGCUCGCCAUCAGCGUCCGAGUGGAGGUUCAAGCCUCUACCCCCCGUUCCUGGAAGAGUCCCCUACGAGCUAUACGCCUCAGCCGUUAGCACUCCGGCCCACGACGCCCCGUCCUAUAACUCCUGUAUCUUCGACGUCCAGACCAACCACACCUCAACCUCAUGCAGCGCCCUAUGGUGCAGUUCCUCGGCCUACAACGCCACGUCCUCUGACGCCAGUGUCUUCGACAUCCAGACCUACAACACCUCUUCCCCCAGCAGCACCCUUCGCUGCGACAUCGCGGCCUAUGACACCCCCGUCUAUGACUUACCGACCAGCAACCCCUCGACCUACCACCCCCAGACCAGUGACUCCUCUACCUACCAUUCAGCCCUCCACGCCCCGAUCUACAGCGGCCCGUAUGAGAAUGCGCCAGGGUAUAUCGGCUCUUCAGCGGCCGGGAAAGGGCCCAGGGAUGCUCCUGAGUGGCCGCAAAUAUUUGGUAUCAAAGCUGAACAAUUGCCGCCCGCCCCCAACAAUCAGGGCUACGGUCAUAAGCCGAAACCCUCAAGUCCGACGGACCUGCAUAUCCAGCAGAAGCAGCCUGUGAAGAAGACGUCAAAACAGGAACUGAAGCCAGAAAGUGACGAAAAGCCCCUGUGGCAGUCAUUGAAGGCAGGUGUACGGCGUGUCCUAACCCGUAAAGCCGUUUCCCACGAUGGUGGGGCGCUCAAGCACAGCAAAACGAAGAAGAACAAGUACCAGAAUGUCCGCAGAGCAUCAAUCAUUGUUCGCAUGUCGACGAUACCACCUAUUCAGCGUCCACCGGAGGACAAUGGUCAGGGCUUCCUUGACGGAAAGGAAGAUGACGGUCACUAUGAGGACGCCAUAAAGCGAAUGAAAAAUGUCCUCGCGAGCUUGCUCGAAGAUGGGUAUACCAUGGAUAUGAUUCUGCAAGCAGAAUCCAAUCAGCAAUUUCUCCGAUCGCUUUUCACGCGGGUUCAGAACGAGCCACUUCUUGGUGUCGACACUGCACCUUCUAACUCACCCCCACCCGCUUCACACUCCUCCCUGCCCCCGGACCACACAUGCGAACUCCCUCCCCAAGAUUUCCAUGAUCCUGAGACAGUCGAUCAGCCGGUUGACCAGCCGAUGAGCCAGCUGUUUGACAAGCCAAUUCGACGGCCUACGUUAGGUGAUGACACUGAAAGCAAUUGGGAAUACGUUGGGUAUGACGAGGAUGAAGCCUUCACUGAAGGUGCACCCUCGGUGCGCUUCUUCGCAGGUCCUGCGCCUGAUCAAAUAUCAGAGCCACGCAGUUCCGUUCCGCCAUUCGCCGCAGUCAUGGCCGCCUUGGACGAUGACCUGCAGCGCAUGGUAUCCAACCGAUGGAGCCUCUCCAAGCCUGGCAUGGAAGACAUGAUUUUGAAUGUCCUCCUCCAGAUCGACGAUCUGGAUGACCUCUUCUCUUUCGCUCAAACCAGCAAAGCCAUCUACCACGUUUUCAAGCGCCACGAGCUCCCAUUGAUGGAGAACACCAUUAGACGCAGAUCCCCUGCAGCAUGGGAACUCCGUCAAAUAAGUGAUAUCAAUGAAAACACAGAUUCGCAGGAUCUAUCCCCUGCAACGAUCUACUACCGUGCAGUGACCCGCGAUCUCCGCGCCCUCGCCACCCUCAAGGGCCUGAUGAUGACCCACUGCAGGGGAGUCAUGCGCACCAGCUCAUACACUGCGCUUGCUCGUCCAUCCGGUCCAGAAGCCCGCCGGCUAGACAAUGCCAUCUGGCGCGUCUGGACCUUCUGCUUCCUCUUCGGGAUGCAGACUGGCAGAGAAACAGAUAUGGACGGACAAGUCAGCUGGCUGCGUGGGGAAACCGGAUCCCCAUUCCAGCCGUGUCCCGACCCCAAGGACGUAGCCAGCAUCCUGUUCGACCCUCCGCCGGGAUUCGGAGAGGGCAAUGCCGGAGGCCUCUCAGUGAGCGAUAUGCAAGACAUGGACGAGGUAUGGACGUGUCUGAAGUACAUGCUGGGAUUCCUGCGCGGUGAGACCGAGCGUGCCCGCCGCUUCGGCGUGUUCCAGAAUGCCGGCCUUUCUCAGGAGCGCAAUCAGGGCAUGAUUGUGCUGCAUGAAUGGAUCAAUUACCUGUUAUCAUUGGGGCCGGAGGCCGUGGUGGAGCUGGCGCCGUUGGGACCGGACACUCAUGCGGAGACUACGUUCCAGCGAGCCAUGUCGCGGGGGUGGACGACGUGGUCGGCUCCCGAGCCGGGGUCGACGCGAAGUGCGUUCCUGACGGAUGCGCUGGGGCGGGUGUCGGGAGGGUUGCGACGGUUGGAGGAGUUGCAGAUGACGCUGUGGUAUAGUUAUGUGUGA